CAGCUAUAAUUAUAGCUAAUCUUGAACCAUCUGGCUCUCUUCAAGAAUGAACAUUUCACUAAGGACAGUUGUCACAAUUAUGCUAAUAACCACAGUAGAUUAUUGUAAAGGUGAGAAUGACAUGUAACUGUACGCACAUAGCCUGCUCACAGUAUUUACUAUCUAAUUUACAUAUUAUGUCAAAAGCUCGAGAAUGCCUUAGGGCUAACUCUGCAGACAGUUUGCCUAGAUUCCAAAACCCGGGAAGAAAUGCCCCUCGAAUUGAGGUGAAUCCGAUCCAAGUCAUCAUCAAAAGUUACAAGUUCCACUGCUGUGGGAAAGUCGGCGGUUGGUCAGCUUUUUUGGAGGCUAGUGGUGGUGAAGUGUACUCAAUAAAGUUCCAGAUAUGGAGGCCUAUGAGUAGCAACAGAUUUGUUAAAAUUGGAGAGAACUCUUUUCCUUUACUUACCUUCGCUAAUAAUCCUAAUACCAACAGUGACAUUGAAAAAAUACCAGCCAACAGUGAGCAACUUGACUUCCAACCAGGAGAUGUGGUUGGAUACUAUCUUGAACAGGAGGAUGGCGGCACUAAUGUAGGACUGAAGUUUGAUAGCCGGGACUUCAAUCUUGAGGAGCUAUGGUAUGCGACUGGUAACUCUGAACUACAAAAUGAGUGCUUACUGGAAGUGGGCAAUGCAGGGGACCUCAGCAUGUCUACAAGCCUUGGACCAAUCAUCUCAGUGUCCUUGGCUACUACGGUGAACGGUAACUGCCCCUCUACAUUCACAUCCACGCUGGUCUGCCCAACAUCGACCUCAUCCUCUAUUUUCCUCACCACUACUUAUACUACUACCAUACACACAGGUGCAGCAUUAGAAAUAAGCUCUACAUCAGUAUCUAUGGAGACUCUAGGCCAGAUAUCAACUGCAUUUUCAACAUCAAAAAUCCCUAAACCUACUACCACAAACACAGGGAUAAAGUCUACACCAGUAUCUAUGGAGACCAUGCUACCAACUUUACUUGGCCAGAUAUCAACUGCAUUUUCAACAUCAAGAAUCCCUAAACCUACUACCACAAACACAGGGAUAAAGUCUACACCAGUAUCUAUGGAGACCAUGCUAUCAACUUUACUUGCAACACGGGAAAUGCCUACGGAAACACACACCACACCACUAACAGUAUUUAUCGAGUCUUCUAACCAUCCUAUCAUGACUUCAAAGAACCUACUAGCUACACCUAUUGCACUUCCUACCUUGCCAAAUCAAAACGUGAACGUAGGAUUGCAUGUUGGUAUGACUGUGGCAAUGCUGGUGCUAGCACUACUAGUAACGCUGGCGGUUAUUUUGGUGUGCAUUGUGAUGAAGAAAAGAGGAAACAUACCAAAAGGAGGAGUCAACCUGAAUACAUCCGAUCAGAGAACAAGUACUACAAUCCAAGACCGAUAUAGCACAAUAGAUUUAAGCACAGAUCCACAAACAGAACAAAACGUAUCAUACGGACAAGUAAUUGACACCUCUCGUCAGAGUGAGAUCUACAGUUACCCUAGCAACCCGUUCAUUGUGGAGUAUGAUUAUCCGAGGCUGAGUUGCCCUGACUACUAUGUAAACGAGGGGAUGGGAGGGCCAGCAGUAAUGAGAAUGACAGAAAACAAAGCCUACACUAAAACAAGAGAGCUUCAACAUUUGGAACCCAUUGCAGAAGAUGAGACGUACAUAUAUACAUACACACAUCAAGUGUCUAGUGCGAAUGCUGUAGAUAAAUGAUUAUGACAGUAUAAAGUUCACUAAAAUGUGUGUGUAUAUAUAGAUUUUGACAACAGUCAUUGUGUACGUGUGGAUGCAU